UUGCACGUACGGUUUAAUAAUCCUACUACCGGUAUCAUCACAGGGUUUGUUUGUUUUUUAAAUUACUGUUUUUGUGGGAGUUUUUUUGUUUUACUGACUAAUAACGCAUUUUUCAAAAAUAUGAAUUUUGAUACCUUCUAUUUAUUACCUUUAUUAUGGUCAUUUUGAAAAGUCGUUUGAUUUGAUAUACAAUGUUGAGUAUACAGAGUCUUCCUCGUUUCUAUUACUUCAUGACUGCUGAUUAUAAUGAAUGUAUGCGCAAUUAUUGACACUGCAGAUUACAAUGCCGCGUUUCCGGUUUAGUGCAUUCUGUUUCUGUCUAUAGAGACAUAGGAGAGCUGGCGUUGCAGUAUUUACAAGUAUUUUGAACAGCACGAUAUUGUUAAUACUUUUUUUAAUAUAAAGUUAUUUUAAAAAUCAGAAAUGGAUAUUUCCAAGUGUUGCGGGUAGCUGCUGCUAGGGUACUAACAAUAGACGGGGUUAGGAGACUAUAGCUCAAAGAACUGAUUUGUGUUCAUUAAAUACGCUCAGAUAAAACCCUUGGAAAUUACAGUGUGAGAUACAGUAUUUGUAAACUAGACAUUCAGAAGGAGGUUCAAGAGUCUUUUUCAAAUGUUUCCAUUGUUGUAUUUGCACGGGUGUGCCGCCUAGACAGGUUCAGUCACUGCAGUUUAACAGAAACUCCCCACCCUCCGGUUAUUUGCUUUGUAUUAGCUUUUCUUCUGUGGCUGUGUUCCACCAGAAUUUUUUUUUUUUUUUUAUAAAUGUCAUGUGCGUAUUCAUUUACUUUCAAUUUAAAAUGUGCAAUUGUUUCCCCUCACCGCAACAGUUUAGGAGAACUGUCCUUCGAUCUCACCAACCUCGGAGUCACCCUGGACCCCUGCCUCUCUUAUUCCCUGCACAUCUCCACUCUGGCACGCACUUGCCGAUUCUUCCUGAGCAACAUCCGAAGAAUCCGACCCGUCCUCACCAACUACGCCACCCAGCUACUGGUCCAGGCCUUGGUAUUCUCCCGCCUAGACUACUGCAACUCCCUCCUGGCUGGCCUCCCUGCGUCCGCCACCCGUCCGCUCCAGCUCAUCCAGAACUUCGCUGCCCGCCUGGUGUUCUCUCUGCCUCGCUUCGCCCACGCUACUCCACUACUCCGCUCGCUCCACUGGCUCCCGAUCACCGCUCGCAUCCAGUUCAAGACUCUUGUACUAGCCUACAGAUGCCUUGACCAGACUGCACCCAGCUACCUCCAGACCCUCAUCUCUCCCUACACCCCCACUCGACCUCUCCGCUCCACCUGCACUAGAAGACUGGCUCUACCUCCUCUACGCUCCCCUGCCUCCAAAGCCCGCUCCUUCUCCACCCUCGCCCCGCAGUGGUGAAAUGACCUUCCUACAGAUGUCAGGACUGCCCAGUCCCUGACCACCUUCCGGUGCCUCCUCAAGACUCCUCUUCAGACAGCACCUGUAGAACUCCUCUUUUGCCUCUGGACACUAUCACUCUUCCUUAAUGCACUUUACUUGCACUUAUCUGAUCCCUAUUUUACUGCAUUUAACCCUGUACUUUACAGAGUACUGUACUGUAAUCUGCCACAAGUGUUAUUCAAUCUGUAGUAUUUUGCUUUUAAUCGUAUCAUGAUGUCACUAUCACUGACACUUAUCUGCUCCAAUAUUGAAUCCUAUUUUGUCAUAUAAUUGUACUUACUAGAACUGAAGUCAUUGCAUUUUAUCUUGCUCUUAAUUUGUAUUAAUACUUGUACUGUGAUUCUUGAAAUAUAUUUUUUGGUUACGACUGUAAGUCGCCCUGGGUAAGGGCAUCUGUUAAUAAAUAAUAAUAAUAAUAAUAUGAAACUGGCUCCACUGUGGCUCUAAGGGUGGGCCGGUAACGCAUUGAUGUCUAUGGGGCUCCAGAGCCAAAAUGGCCACCGCUUGUCAGCAGUUUCUUACCUUUCUCUAAUCUUUUCUGUGAGUGUGUUAUGAAACUGGCUCCA